UAUAUGAUGAUUCAUCCUCCUCCUUCUUGCUUAAAGAUCUUGAUCAAGAGAGAAAUGGCCAUUACAAGCUUCAGCUGCAGCCUUAACCAGCUGCCUCCUCCAACUCAAAGCUCAGGCCCUUUUCCCCCGUCAAAGACGAAUCAAGUACUACUUGCAUGUGAUGGAGGAUCAUGGAGUAGCAGAUGUGUUCUGGGCAUGACUUGUGUUAUGGUUGGGUUGGAGAUGGGUGGUUUUGUGAGUUGCCAAAGCCAUGAAGCUAUAGCUAAAGGUAUGCCGUUGGUGAUGGAGUCAAGUGAGAAAGUUGUGAAAUGGAGUGACAAGAGAAUUUGCCCAAAGUGGAGAGCCAAUGAGCUGGAGACCAUUGUGCCGGAGAACCUUCCCAGGCCGUCGGCUCAUCGGAGAUGGGAAAUCGUCGGUUUUACUACUAGGGAUGCUCCGGCGGUUAAAAUGGUAGCUAGGAGGAGUACUGGUGGUUGCUUUUCUAUGUAAAUAGUACACUUUGUCGUACGGUACUUAUACCAUAUACGUAUAGCCAAAUACAGAAUUUAUGUAAAUAACACAAGCAAUACAGAAUUUAUGUAAUUGACAUCAUAAGCAAGCGUUGGGAUCGAAGAUGCACGUCUUUUUUUUUCUC